AUGGCACCGUCCUGGAUGGAAAAGUUCAUCGUGCGUGGCGAGCCACCAAUCCCAGACCCCCUGCGUACCUCGUCGCAACCAACUCUUUCCCUCAACUACUCCGCGCUCGCAGAACACCGUCGCAUCUUGAGCGCUCCAGGUGAGCACAUGCCGCGCUACGUAGUAACUCGGAAGUCCAUCAUGGGGCCAUGGGGAAGCAAAUGCUCCGUCACAGUCCCCACCAACUCCGACCAGGAAAUCGCCCUCAUCGACUUUCACACCUUUCACUACGACAUCAAGUUCCCUCUACGCGACCACUACAUCGACAUCAGUACGGCGAAGCGUAGAUUUGAUGCGAGCGGUGGGCUAGGGGAGCUACACUGGAAGGCAACGGGGAUGCAGGUAGCGGGCGCAGCGUCGUGGGAGUUGCGGGAUGAAACGAGUCUUGUCAUGGUUGUGGACAUUGAUCAAACGCAGACAAACGGUAGGAUUAGUGUUUGGAGAGAGACGCUGGAUGAGCAGACUACGGAGGAGCUUGUCGUGGUUGGGCUUGCACAGAUUGAGGAGUAUAAGAGGAUGCUUAGGCAGGCGAAGACGUCUGCGGUGGGUGUAAAACUCAACUGA